CAUACCAACCCGAUCAACGGGCCACGUACUAGGCGACCGAAACAGUUCCUGGAGAUUGGCCACAGGUGCCCGUAAGGGAAGGAAUGGUCUCACCGCAGUGGCGUGAUAAAUACUCUCUGGCGUGAACGUGCAUUGCACCACAUUGCACUUUCCAUUAUUCUUUGGACUCCAAAUUCAUUCAACCAGUUCAACCAUUUCGCUCUUCUCGACGGUCGUCGAUCUUGUUGCUUUGGAUUUCGGAAGACAUCGGUGAAAAAGCACCGAAAAGUUUGCAUAGUCUUGACUUUACCAACGAAAAAAUUGUUGGCAUACGAAGCAUUAGUGUUGUAACACAAUGGCUGGCGCUCUGGGUGGUGUAUUAAGGAAUGCCUCGCAUUUACCAGGAUCUACGAAAAGUUUGUUGCAGAAUGGAAGUUUAUUAUAUUUUGCAAAUCAUCAGAGAGGUGCCAAAAAGUGGUUUCCGGAUGCAGAGUACCUGAAACAAUUCCAAGGGCCUGUUUUGUACCGUGAUGAUAUGGGAGCAACAUCCAAAUGGUCCGCACCUGUGUGGAGCAACAAAUUAGCCCCUGUCGAGAAGAAAGUUCGCAAUAUGACUCUUAAUUUUGGACCGCAGCAUCCUGCUGCCCAUGGUGUUCUGCGACUUGUGCUUGAAUUAGAUGGCGAGACUGUGGUUCGAUCUGAUCCUCAUAUAGGAUUACUUCACCGUGGAACUGAAAAACUAAUUGAAUAUAAGACAUAUACUCAGGCAUUACCAUAUUUUGAUCGGUUAGAUUAUGUUUCAAUGAUGGCUAACGAGCAGUGCUAUUCAUUGGCUGUGGAAAAGUUAUUGAAUAUUGAUGUUCCCAGAAGAGCAAAGUACAUCAGAACCCUUUUUGCAGAAAUUACACGACUUCUCAACCACAUCAUGGCUGUUGGAACUCAUGCUUUGGACAUUGGAGCUCUUACACCCUUCUUUUGGCUUUUUGAAGAACGAGAAAAAAUGAUGGAAUUUUAUGAAAGGGUGUCUGGAGCUCGCAUGCAUGCAGCGUAUGUCAGGCCAGGUGGUGUGAAUCAGGAUAUACCUCUUGGCUUAUUGGAUGACAUUUAUGAAUUCUCAAGCAAAUUUGGAGAACGUAUAGAUGAGGUUGAGGAUGUUUUAACUACUAAUCGUAUAUGGGUUCAGCGAACAGAAGACAUUGGUGUUGUGAGUGCUGAAGAUGCUCUGAACUAUGGAUUUAGUGGAGUGAUGUUGCGUGGAUCUGGAAUAAAAUGGGAUUUACGCAAGGCUCAGCCUUAUGAUGCAUAUGAUGAAUUAGAAUUUGAUGUUCCAAUUGGUCGGAAGGGUGAUUGUUAUGACAGAUACCUUUGCCGUGUUGAAGAAAUGCGUCAGUCAUUAAGAAUAAUUGAUCAAUGCCUCAACAAAAUGCCACCUGGAGAAAUUAAAGCUGAUGAUAUGAAAAUUACACCUCCUUCAAGAUCAGAAAUGAAGACAUCAAUGGAAGCUUUGAUUCAUCAUUUCAAGUUAUUCACUCAAGGGUAUCAAGUACCAGCAGGAGCAACUUACACAGCAGUUGAAGCUCCAAAGGGUGAAUUUGGUAUUUAUCUUGUUUCUGAUGGAAGUUCAAAACCAUACCGGUGCAAAAUAAAAGCACCAGGAUUUGCACAUCUUGCUGCUUUAGAUAAAGUAGGAAAAAAUCAUAUGUUGGCAGACAUUGUGGCCAUUAUUGGAACUUUGGAUAUAGUGUUUGGUGAAGUAGAUCGUUGAUUAUCUACCAAAUUUGUAAUUGCAUUUAAAAAACUGUAAAUAAUUUAGUUUAUCAGAAUGUAAAUAAUAAAAUUGUGGAACUUCUUGCUUAUGUUUAUAUUGUGAAAUAUUUAUUGACAAAUUCAAUUUGAUCUUUUGACUUAUUUGAUGUGAUUUGUAAUUGGCCAAAUACUUUAUAAACCAAAAUGUAAUGCAAUUCCUAUAAUGUAUUUAAUUAUUGUACUAAUAGUUAUUUGAGAAAAUAUGCUAUGUGUUGUAAAAAGUAGUUUGAAAUACACUGAAAUAAAAGGAACAUGAUUUUCAGAAUUGAACCGACUUGUAUUGCAGGAUUUAUUUGCCAGCGAUUUCAUAAUUUAAUAGUAGUUCCUGUC